AGCAGAAGCACCGGCCGGGCCCGUACACCGCCCAAGCCCCUCCCUCGUCGUCAGACCGUGAGAACAGCGCGUGCGCGAGCGAGGGGGAGGGAGAGCAACCGAGAGCGCGCCGGGAGGAAGCGACCGGGCCUAGCAAGCGCCGGCGCGUGUGGCGUGAGUGGCCUAAGGGGAAGCCGCCUGCCCGCCCCCUUCGCCUUCCCUUCUCUCCCUUUCUCCGCUCCUCCCACCCCGACCGCGGAGCAGCAUGUCGGAGCCCGCGGCCAAAGUUGAUCAACAGGAGCUCUGCUCCAACCAGGAGGAGCUCUGCUCCAAGCAAGAGGAGCUCUCCUCCAAGCAGGAGGAGCUCUGCCCCAAGCAAGAGGAGCUCUGCCCCAAGCAGGAGGAGCUCUGCCCCAACGAGGAGGAGCUCUGCCCCAAGCAGGAGGAGCUCUGCCCCAACCAAGAGGAGCUCUGCUCCAACCAGGAGGAGCUCUGCUCCAAGCAGGAGGAGCUCAGCCCCAACCAAGAGGAGCUCUGCUCCAACCAGGAGGAGCUCUGCUCCAAGCAGGAGGAGCUCAGCCCCAACCAAGAGGAGCUCUGCUCCAAGCAGGAGGAGCUCUGCUCCAAGCAGGAGGAGCUCCCCUCCAACGAAGAGGAGCUCCGCUCAGAUGAAGAAGAGCUCCCCUCCGACGAAGAGGAGCUCCGCUCCGACGAAGACGAGCUCCGCUCCGACGAAGAGGAGCUCCCCUCCGACGAAGAGGAGCUCCACUCCGACGAAGAGGAGCUCCCCUCCGACCAAGAGGAGCUCCGCUCCAACGAAGAGGAGCUCCGCUCCGACCAAGAGGAGCUCCCCUCCGACCAAGAGGAGCUCCGCUCCGACCAAGAGGAGGCUGGCUCCAACCAACAGGAGGCUGGCUCCAACCAACAGGAGGCUGGCUCCAACCAACAGGAGACUUGCUCCAAACAAGACAAGGCCGUGAACACCUCAGACACAGAAUCGGAACACCAGGAAGUAAUUGAACGUGCUGAUGAAGUACAAAGUGAAAUAGACAAACUUAAUGAACAAGCCGCUAAGGAGAUUUUGAAAGUAGAACAGAAAUACAACGAACUCCGCCAACCAUUUUUUGACAAGAGGUCAGAAAUGAUCUCCAAAAUCCCACGUUUUUGGGGAAAAGCAUUUGUCAACCAUCCACAAGUGUCCAAGCUGCUUGGGGAGGAGGAAGAAGAGGCACUGCAUUAUUUGACCAGAGUUGAAUUGACAGAAUAUGAUGAAAUUACAUCAGCUUACAGAAUAGAUUUUUAUUUUGAUGAAAACCCUUACUUUGAAAAUAAAGUCCUCUCCAAAGAAUUUCGUCUGAACGAAAAUGGUGAUGAAACUACAAAGUCCACUGAAAUCAAAUGGAAAUCUGGAAAGGACUUGACGAAACGUCCCACUCAAAUGCAGAAUAAAGCCAGCAGGAAGAGGAAGCGUCAGGAACCAGAGACCUUCUUUGCCUGGUUUACUGACCAAACUGAUGCAAGUCCAGAUGAAUUAGGAGAGCUCAUCAAAGAUGAUAUUUGGCCAAAUCCAUUACAGUACUACUUGUCUACUGGUGUGAAACGUGAAGAAAAAAAAGAAGAAGAAGAAGAAGAAGAAGAAGAGGAUGAGGAGGAGGAGGAGGAUGACGAUGACGAUGAGGAUGAAGGGGAUGAGGAUGAAGGGGAUGAGGAUGAAGAUGAUGAACUGGACGACGAAGAUGAGUAUGAAGAAGACUUUAUCACAAUUCUUAUCCAGUACUGAUCAAGCCUCUGCACAAAAGGCCCACUUGAAACUGGCCUCAAAAAUCUCAUGAACAUCCCAACUUAGCCAUUUCCCCUAAGAAAGCUACUAAGACUCUGUCAAGGUAAUGCUUACCCUUACUACAGUAAGAAUAAACUCCUGCUUUGUCUUGUUAA